GCUCAAUAAUUAUACGCAGUCCUCCCCAUCUCCUGGUUCCGAUUGACCGACGAGCUCCGGCCGGCCACUUUGAUCGCGCCGCGGUUGACUGGUGGCGGCCAGCUACAUACGUACCAUGUCGAGCGUCCUCCUCGCCGCCGCCGCCGUGCUGCUGCUCCUGGCGCUGCCCCGCGCGGCGCGAUGCCAGGCGGGCACCGGAGGCGUGCUCGACCGCGCGCCACCGCCGGUCGCGCAGGUGCUCGAGGGCGCGCCUCCGUUGCCGGCCGUGCAGCCGUCGCUCGAGAGGGAGAUCGAGCGCGUCAGCAACGAGCUCACCGCCGAGGUGCAGAGGAAGUACGGGUUCUGCAUAGCCGACGUGGAGAAGGAUUUCAACCAGACGUUCGAUUUCAGAUCGGACUCGAGCUUCGCCUCCGACUGCAUGGAGCAGACCAGAGGGCAAAUGGCUGCAAUGCUGUGCAGGAAAGCUGAAGUAGAGUUAUAUGUCAAGAGCUUGGCUAGCAGUGGCAGCAGCACCAGGAUUAGUAGGAACUGCAAUCAAAACUCAUGGGCACCUGGGUGCCAGCCCGGCUGGGCUUGCAUGACGUUGGAUGAUGCGUCAUCUGAUGAAUCAGUCCCAUCCAGAGCAGCGAACUGCAGGCCGUGUUGUCCAGGUUUUUUCUGCCCUCGUGGCCUGACCUGCAUGAUGCCAUGUCCUUUGGGUGCUUAUUGUCCUCUUGGGACAGUGAAUAACACUACUGGCCUUUGUGAUCCGUAUUUUUACCAAAUAACUCCAGGAUUGAACAAUGCAUGUGGCACUGCUGAUUCUUGGGCUGAUGUGGUUACAACUAAUGAUGUCUUUUGCCCUCCGGGGCACUACUGUCCAACCACAACCCAGAAAUACAACUGUAGCAGGGGGUACUAUUGCCGCAAAGGUUCCACCGAUGAAAAUAAGUGUCUUUGGAAAAACACGUGUAAGGGGGAUAAUUCAAUUAAAGAAGAUAUUGGUUUAUAUGGUGGUGUAUUAAUUGUUAUUUUGAGCUUCAUUUUACUGCUGGUGUACAACUGCUCUGGUCUAUUCAUUGCAAUUCAAGUUAAAAUGUCAUCUAGAUCUCGUAAAAAGGCUGCAAAAAUUGCAAACAAAUCAGCAGCAGUGCGUGAAAGAUGGAAAUUAGCUAAAGGACUUGUACUAAGGCAUGAGGUAGAAAUGCCCGAGUCUUUCAAUUCACCUGAGCAAUUGGCUACAUCAUCUAAUGGAAUACUACAUGCUGCUGAAGCUAAUGCUAACGGAUCAAAAAAUUGCAAAAAUUAUCAGAUUGAUAAGGAUAGAGUUAUGCAGUUAGACAAUAAUAAUAAAUUAACAUUCUUUGGAGUGGUGUCUCUAGCUACUGAAAAUAGACCACAAAGGCCAAUGCUUGAGGUGGCUUUCAGAGGUCUAACACUAUCGAUUGGAAAAAAGAAACUUCUGCAAUGUGUUACGGGAAAGCUUUCACCAGGUAAGGUAACAGCUAUCAUGGGCCCUUCUGGAGCAGGAAAGACUACUUUCCUCAAUGCUGUUUUAGGUAAAACAUCAGGGUAUAAGAAGGAUGGGAUAGUCCUUAUAAAUGGAAAACCUGGAUCAAUGCAGUCAUAUAAGAAGAUCAUUGGGUUCGUGCCUCAAGAUGAUAUCGUCCAUGGAAACCUGACUGUCGAGGAAAAUCUGUGGUUUAAUGCAUGUUGCAGGUUAAGCAAAGGCAUGUCAAGAUCUGAUAAGGUUCGAGUUCUUGAACGGGUUAUUGGAUCAUUAGGGCUUCAAGAAAUCAGAAAUUCCCUUGUUGGGACAGUGGAGAUGCGGGGCAUUUCCGGAGGACAAAGGAAGCGUGUAAACGUUGGGAUUGAAAUGGUUAUGGAGCCAUCUCUUCUGAUAUUAGACGAGCCAACUACAGGCUUAGACAGUGCUUCCUCUCGGUUACUUUUAAAAGCUCUUCGACAUGAAGCACUCCAAGGAGUAAACGUUUGUGCAGUGGUUCACCAACCAAGCUAUACUCUGUUCAACAUGUUUGACGACUUUGUCCUUUUGGCAAGAGGUGGGCUUGUUGUUUAUCAUGGGCCUGUAAGUGAAGUUGUAAUGUACUUCGCAGGCCUGGGGAUCAAAGUGCCUGACCGUGAGAAUCCUCCAGACUAUUUCAUUGACAUCUUAGAGGGAAUAGUAAAGACAAAAAUGAGCAGAGAUGUCACUCCUAAACACUUGCCACUUCUUUGGAUGUUACAUAAUGGAUAUGAAGUUCCAGAUGAUUUGCAGAAGGACCUUGAGAAUAUCAAUACAAUUCGUGAGUUAUAUACUGUUCGAUCCAUUUCUAGGGAACAGUCUUUUGCCGAACAGUCAGAGAAUACAGAUUCUGCACACCAGAAUGUGAGGCAAUCAAACAAAUUAUUGGAUAGGAAAACACCUGGUGUAUUUGCACAAUAUGGAUACUAUUUAGGGAGGGUAGCAAAGCAACGGCUGCGUGAAGCUUCACAACAGGCUGUUGAUUACCUAAUAUUGUGUAUUGCUGGCAUAUGCAUUGGAACAAUUGCUAAAGUUCGAGAUGAUUCAUUUGGUGUAGCUUCUUAUGGAUAUACCAUAAUGGCAGUUUCACUGUUAUGCCAGCUUGCAGCAUUGCGGUCAUUUUCUCCAGAAAAAUUGCAAUAUUGGAGGGAGAGAGAAUCUGGCAUGAGCACUCUAGCUUACUUUCUUGCAAGAGAUACAGUCGAUCAUUUCAAUACUGUCAUUAAGCCAAUUAUUUUCCUCUCAACAUUUUAUUUCUUCAACAACCCACGAUCAACUCUUAAAGACAAUUAUUUAGUUUUGCUGGCAUUAAUUUAUUGUGUAACUGGCAUAGGUUACACUUUUGCUAUUUGGUUUGAGCUUGGGUUAGCUCAAUUGUGUUCUGCAUUGAUACCUGUAGUGCUUGUCCUGGUGGGCACUAAACCAGACCUUCCACGGAUUAUAAAGGAAUUGUGCUAUCCUAAAUGGGCCCUAGAAGCUUUCAUUAUCGCAGGAGCAAAAAAAUAUUCAGGCGUGUGGCUGAUUACUCGAUGUGGAGCAUUGCUAAAAGGCGGAUAUGAUAUCAACAAUUUUGGUCUUUGCAUCGCCAUUAUUAUGUUUUAUGGUGUACUUUUCCGAUUUGUUGCCUUACUUAGUCUGUUAAAGCUGAAAUAGAUGUAAGCGUGUAAUUAUUUCCCUUCAUUUUCCACAUAUGUAGCUAUAUUUUACUGGCAGUUCCACAAACUAUGUGAACCGUGAAGUAAUAUCACCGUAAUGGAAGAGAGCUGUGAGCCAGGGAGUUUUCUCGAGUGCUCAACGUUCAAGUUCAAUAAUGUAGGAAGGCUGUGGGAUUUGUAUAUUAGAAGGCUAUGGCAGAUAGGGCAUGUAAUUAUAUACUACAGGUAUGUUUAGUUUGAGUAUAAUCUUUGCUACGUUAUAGAUUUUGAUGUAAUUAUUUGAUCGACUGUUAUAACUGUAGCAAGUCAUAUUUUGUUAGCA